GGCAGGAGCGGGACCUGCGCUCGGCGGCGGGGCGCUGGCUGUCGUGGGUGCUCAACGCGCUCGCGGUGGUGGUGAUGGCGGCGUACGGCGCCAACCUGGUGGCGUCGCUGGCCGUGCAGCGCGUCGAGCUGCCCUUCCAGGACCUGCAGGGCCUCGUGGCCAACGGCGUAUACGCCCUCGGCGUCAUCGGAGGACUCAUCAAGAACUUCGUGGAGGCGACGGACCCGGUGCUGAAGCAGGUGUACCAGAAGCUGCUGGCGCCGAUGCUGGUGCAGCAGCCCCGGUCGUUCGCCGACGGCUUCCGACGCGUGUGCCGCGGCCGCUACGCCUUCAUGACGGGCACGCACACUGUGGGCGGCGGGCACGGCGCGGCGGCCGGGCACGGCGCGUGCGGGAUGACGGUGCUGCCCGGAGGCUCCUUCCCGCUGGCGCUCGCCAUGGUGCUGCCCCCCGGCAGCCCGCUGCGGCGCAUCGUCGACGGC